AUGGGUAAUUAUUGGCUGGUACUGGUCGAUUCUUACACAAAAUGGUGUGAAAUUCACCCUAUGACCAAGAUAACAUCAAAAGCUUUGAUUACCAAGUUGCGCCAGCUAUUUGCUACCUUUGGUAUCCCAGAACAAGUGGUGUCGGAUAACGGUCGUCAGUUCACAUCCACUGAAUUCAAGAAUUUUUGCCUUUCUAAUGGCAUUCAACACUUGUUUUCGCCUCCAGACAAACAAAGUUGCAACGGCCAAGCUGAGCGGUUUGUUGGUUCGUUCAAAAUGGCCAUGAACAAAGCUGUCGGUGAGUCUGGGUCGGCGUUGGACAAAGCGAACAGAUGGUUAUUUCAAUAUCGGCUUACUCCACACCCAGCUACAGGGAUGGCGCCAGCAAACUUGAUGUUUGGCCGACAGAUUCGGUCACGAUUAGACUUGCUGCCGCGAACCCCACGAAAAGUACCGAGGGAAGAACAAAUUCAAGUUCAAAAGUACACAGCUACGGCGCUAAAGAACGCCAACAAGGCAACGAAACCCCGACAAUUCAACGUCGACGACUUCGUUUAUGCCAGAAUGUACAAUUCGGGCACAGUGAAAUGGAUUGAAGGUCGGAUUGACAGUUUUGACGGUACUAAGAUUGCCUUAGUGGUUACCGACUCCGGCAUCAUUCGUAGACACGUCGAUCAACUCAAGCAUCGUCAUGGUCCAUCUGGUGAUGCUGAUUCUUCUCCUCAGAUUCCAAUGUUCAUACCUCAGAACAAUGGAGGAGGAGGGAAUAAUGAGGUGCCAGAUAUACCAGAGGGUUCAGAUUCUUUGCCAGGCUCUGUGAACGGGGAUGUUCUCAAUGGAGGAGGAGCGGCAGAAAAUAACACACGAGAAUUGAACCCGGAGGCCGGAAAUUUGUCAGGAUAUUCAGCAAGAAGGUCGUCGUUAGGAAGGUUAUUAGAAGGGACUUCGGCUGGGCGCAUCAAACGCCAUGUAGCACCACCGGUCCGUUUGUCUUACGACAAGGACGGUAAGCAAAUUUCAACAGCCGCUAACCUUCAUUACCUCAAAAUUGAAAACGAAGUCAGCAUAA